ACGAAAUGCUUAAUUUUCUUCCGUUUUCUUGUCUUUAUUGGUGAACUCUCUUUCUCUCUCUUUCUUUCCAAUUUCCCUUCUCUUUCCUCGCCCUGUUUCUGAAUUGAGCUGAGCGAGAAAGAGAAGAAAGAAAUUAAUAAAGCAAAAUCAACAAGUAAAAGAAUUAAAAAAAAAAAAAAAGAAAAACCAAAGAAAACGAAAGAAAGAAAGGAAGAAGAUAUUAAAUAUCCGAGAGAGGGAAAUUGAGAAAGAACGACUCAACUUUCAACCAAAUCCACAAUUUCUUCUUCCUCACGAUUUCUUGUUCUACUUUUUUAUUUUGGGUUGGAAUUUGAAUUUUUGUGAGUGGAUUUGAUCAAAAGCCCUAACUCUUCCCUUCCGUCCAAACACUCCCUCCCCCUGCCUUCCCCAUCCAUCCAAUUCGCCGUAAAUUUGCUGUUAAUGACAUCGGCUGCCAUGAGCUCUUAUUCCCGUUCCUGCUUUAGGGUUAGGGUUUGCGGUAGGAAGUCUCUCCAUUGAUUUUUUUCAGGUGCCUACGCGACGGUGCUGCGCUUUCGUAGGGUUGGGAGACAUAGACAAAUGGAAGCGCCUGGUGGCAAUUCCGAGGCGUAUAGAAGUAGUAAUAGUAUUUCAAGAAGAUACGGUGGUUUGCUUUCCGCUGCGAAUAUAAUCCAAGCACCGCUCUCCACGUUGUUGGAGUACUCUAAUCUUCUUCGGGGCCGCUCUAAUCAUCAGGAAACAGAGGGUUUAAUUGCGGGGCGUUUCAGGGAUCGCCUUCGUGGUCAGCUGGACGAGCCUGUGGCAGUGACGAGCACCAAUGAUGGGGAGGUUUCAAUCAGGAUAAUUGGAGCAGGCGAACAAGAACUUGACAGGGAAGGGACUGGCUUAGCAGUUGUGCAGGGAAGGGAAGCAAGUGCUUCCCAGAAUGAGGUUGUGGUGCCGGAGGGGGGUCAGGGUGAUGAUAGGAUUGAUCGUGGAGCUGGAGAGGGGGUUUCACAGACAGUAAAUGGAGGCUCUGAUGGAGAAAUAGGAGAUGGAGGUGGGGCUAAUGCCAGGGAUUCUUCUUACCAGAGAUAUGAUAUCCAGCAGGCUGCCAAGUGGAUUGAGCAGGUCCUGCCCUUUUCUUUGCUUCUAUUGGUGGUUUUCAUCCGGCAGCAUUUGCAAGGUUUUUUUGUCACGAUUUGGAUUGCUAUUGUCAUGUUCAAAUCAAAUGAUAUUCUAAGAAAACAGACAGCUUUGAAGGGAGAGAGGAAAAUCUCUGUACUUGUUGGCAUCUCACUUGCAUUCACGUUUCAUGUUGUUAGUGUUUACUGGUGGUUCCAGAACGAUGAUCUUUUGUACCCAUUAGUGAUGCUUCCUCCCAAAGUUAUACCACCCUUCUGGCAUGCCAUGUUCAUCAUCAUGGUCAAUGAUACCUUGGUCCGGCAGGCAGCAAUGGUGUUCAAAUGUCUCCUAUUGAUAUACUACAAGAACAGCAGAGGCAGAAAUUACCGUAAGCAGGGUCAAAUGCUAACUUUGGUUGAAUAUUUGCUGCUGCUUUACCGUGCUUUAUUGCCAACACCAGUCUGGUAUCGUUUUUUCUUGAACAAAGAAUAUGGAGGCCUCUUUUCAUCAUUAAUGACAGGGUUGUAUCUGACUUUCAAGCUCACAGCUGUUGUUGAGAAGGUGCAAUCCUUCUUUGCUGCAUUAAAGGCACUGUCACGAAAAGAGGUGCAUUAUGGGGCAUAUGCAACAUCAGAGCAGGUCAAUGCAGCUGGUGAUCUAUGUGCUAUAUGCCAGGAGAAGAUGCAUACUCCAAUUCUUCUACGUUGCAAGCACAUCUUUUGUGAGGACUGUGUCUCUGAGUGGUUUGAGAGGGAACGGACAUGCCCGCUAUGCAGGGCUCUUGUAAAACCUGCAGAUCUGAAAUCAUUUGGUGAUGGAUCAACAAGUUUGUUUUUCCAGGUGUUCUGAAUGUUUUACUGUAAAACCAGGGAGUUAUUUUUUUUUCUCCUGCUUUGAAGCUUUAAGUAUCUCAUUCAAAGCGGCCUCUCUCUCCUAUCUUCACAACAACUACACAGGUUUUAGCUCUGCCUUUGCUCAUGGGUUUCCCUUGUGAAGUAGUAUAAAUUGAAGUGGUUGAAUAGAAUUUUACUGACAUUUGUUCAUAUAUUGUAUUGAUGAGAAAGUUUACAAAAUUGUAUGUAAUGGCGCUGGUUAACCUACAUGUGAAGCUUCUUGUUUAAGAACUCUUUAACAUAUGUCACUGUUCAUUGGCCAUGAAUGAAAAGUCUCCCCUCCUCCCUUUGGUCC